CUGAAAUUUGCAAUUCUUCAACCAAUCUUGGAGAAAAGAAUCGUCUGUAAAUGUUUAAUGUUCUCGGGUCUCGAUCCCAGAAAUAGAAGAAUCCUUUAGCUGUCGCUCUUGUAACAUUUUGGCAGGUUCCUGGUGUAAAUGUGGCCGGGGACAUUUGAUUAAACUCUCAUUACUUGUAGCUCAGCCUGUCAGCAGCUGCUGGGGGGAAAGCAAGGGCGGAAAAAGAUACAUGCACCCGGCGUUUUAUUAACUACUCCGGCUCAGGCCGCCUCCGUGCACAGAUUGCGGAGACGAUUGUGCCACAGAUCACAUCAUGUAACCUUCAUCUGCAACACCCCCAAUCUGCCCCCGUCCUUUGCUCCUUCCACCCGUCACCAACCACCUCCCACUACAAACACUCCCUUUCCCCACCAACUUCCUCUCCUCCGUUCCCCACCUACUCUUGCCCUCCCCACCGUUCACUCCCAUAUUUACCCCGGCUCAUCUUUACCCCCGACUGUCCUUUCCUUCCAGCUCUCACCAAUCCUCCCCGCACCUCCCUACUAUUCUCACCACCACCGCCAAACUUCCCUCCGUCCACCAACCCCUUGCUUCACAUCCGUUUCGUCCACUCCUGUCCUUUCCCAUACAUGACAGUCUGUGGUAAAACUUAAUCCAGCACAAAAUACAAAGUAUGAGCAAUAGUAAGAAGACCACGGACAGCUAUGUUUGCCUUCAUCUGCAAGGUUGUUUCCUAGAUCUGACUAAACAGCCAUCGGUUCCUGCAAUAUCGGUACUGCAAUCUUGAAACGAGUGGAAGUGGCCACAAAAGAAUAUUUUAAACUGACCAGAGCGCUCUUUACAGCAUCAUUCCUGAAAUGACUACAGAAACAACGAUGAACUUUCAUCAGGCUUUGCCUAAAGUUGAGCUCCAUGCUCAUCUCAACACAUCAAUCAGUAUUACUACCAUGGAGAAGCUAAUACUGCAGAAACCACAUCUCAACAUUCAGCAUAACAUGACAGCAAUCAGAAAAGGCCAAAAAAGGACUAUGGAUGAAUGCUUUGAGAUAUUUAAAGUAAUACAUCAACUAACUGCCAGUGUUGAAGACAUUUUCAUGGUGGCCAAAGAUGUCAUCAAAGAAUUUGCAGCUGAUGGAGUAAAAUACCUUGAACUGCGAAGUACACCACGAGCGGAAAGUACUACAGGAAUGACCAAGAGGUCCUAUGUCCAGGCAAUACUUGAAGCUAUAAAACAAUGUAAACAAGAGUGUGUGGACAUCAAUGUAAAAUUUCUACUAUCCAUUGAUAGAAGAGGUGGACCAGUUGUUGCAAUGGAAACUGUAAAACUUGCAGAAGAAUUCUUUGCAUCUACUGAUGGACUGGUAGUUGGUGUGGAUCUAAGUGGAGAUCCAGCAGUAGAACAUGCCAAGAGUUAUAUUGCUCCACUUCAAGCGGCUCGAAAUGUAGGACUUAAGCUUGCUGUACACAUGGCUGAGAUUCCCCAUCAAAAUGAAGAAGUGGAAUUAUUUCUUGGUCUUCCUCCAGACAGAAUUGGCCAUGGUACAUUCCUUCACCCUGAAGUUGGAGGUUCAGAAUAUCUGGUUGACAUCAUUAUCAAAAAUCAAAUACCUAUUGAGCUUUGUUUGACAUCAAAUCUCAAAGGUCAAACUGUAUCUUCAUAUGACCAACACCAUUUCAAAUACUGGUACAAUCGUGGACACUCCUGUGUAAUUUGUACUGAUGGCAAAGGUGUUUUUGCUAGCAACCUCUCACAGGAGUAUCAGAUAGCAGAAACAACAUUCAAUCUUUCUAAAGCUCAGAUAUGGGACCUCUCUUAUCAGAGUAUUAACCACAUCUUCGCUCCAGUGAGUGUAAAAUCUGAUUUGAAAAGACGAUGGAAUGAUCUGAAACCAGGACUAUUUAACCAAUAUGAACCGUAGAUUGCAUGACAUGGAGAGUGCUCUUGGCCUCAUUUUCCUAUAGCACAUGAAUACUCUUGAAAUCUAUUUGAUUAUUUCAAAUGACAGGCUAAUGAAGGCAAAUCAACAGUUCUACAAAAAAGUGAUCCUCCAACUUGAGCUGUUGUUCUAAUUGUCUUCCACAUCAUUGACAUUGUUUUGGUUGAUACAAUAGGUCCCUCAAAAUCAGAAAUAUAUAGAGAAUGUGUUUCUUCUUGUCACCUACAGUAGUUUUACAAUGCACGACAAUGAAAAGUGAAUUUAUUUUGCGUAAUGUAUUUGCAUUGCUUGUAAUUCAAUGGUUUGGAAAAUUUUCUUCUCACGUACAAAAAUGCAGCAAUCUGACCUGAUUAUUUUCAAACAAGACUACUAGUCUCUCUCUGUGCGUUCUCCAUUGUGGGGGAUGGCUGACAAUGCACUUUACACUUUUCAGUUUGAGGAAUUACAGUUUCCUUUGCGAACACAAGAAUAUUGUUUUAAGAGGAGCUUUAUUGACUCAGGACAUUAUUGAUGGAGCUGCAUUCACCCAAAUCCGCAGACCAAACCAAGUUCCUCAAAGGUAAUGUGUUUUUAUACUCUGAAAAAUCCUUUAAAAUAGGUCUUGUUUUAUUGAUCAAGCUGAGAGUCAAGGAGACAAAGUACUUCAGUAGCUAAUAAGCAAAAAGAUAUGAUGACAAUCACCUCUCUGUAUUUUGCCAUUUCAAACUUGCAAUUAAUAUCUUAUUCAAAUGCCCAUUGAUUCAAUUAAACUGUUUUAGAUCAAGGCAAAACAAUCUUUUUGAUUGAACCAGUGAUUUUUGUUUUUACAAAACUGAGUGAAUGUAGUCAAAAUAUUCAUGUUAAGAUUAUGAAAAGAUUGCUCUAGCCCUUUUAUCUCUAAACAAAUAAAUGAUUUGUAUAAUCUAUUUUAAGUAUAAUGUUUACAAUUUAAAUAAAAUAUCAUGAACAAUAU